GCCAGAUACGCACUGCAUAUAUACGCGUAACCAUCAUAAACGUACCCACCAUGACGACAGACACCCUUAUAGAUAGCAUAAUAGACACAUGUUGGGGCAGGAUUAGGGGCAAGGAAAGCAUCUACGUGACGCAAGUCAUGGGACUUAUCCGAGAAAUCGAGAACGAGCUCCAAAUCUCAUCGCUCUUCGUGGCUUCCGAGAUCCAUCUCUUGGACCAGUUGAUACGAAGCAACCCACAGAUGAAGCUCUACAAACAAGAAGUCAAGGAGUUGCUCAUACGGCUUGUGAAGUACGCCAACUUCGAGGAAUUCUUGAGAGAAAGAUUUGGGCUCAGUCCAGUGGAGAUUAGGCUCAGAACUGCGAAGACCCCUUCCAGGUUUGAGUCUAGAAAGCCAGACCCAAGCUUGAGAAGCUUUAUUACAGGCUCGAGACACACGAAGGAAUACACCAAACCAGUUUCUCCGCCAUAUUCCCCACCCUUGAAGAGUUUUUCACAGCGAUCUGACAGCGAUCGAAUCUAUACCUCAAUAAAUUCUAAGGACGACAGAAUCGAGGCAUUGAAAAGUGAAAUAACAAGCUUACAGAGAUAUGUGACGUCCUUGGAAAACCAAAUCAGGAACCAGCCAGAUUCCUCGUCAAGAAGAACGCUAGACAGGGAAAGGACCAUAAAGAACUUGGAUAAAUUAUGCUACGAUUACCAGAGGGAGUUAAAGGCAUCCAAGAAGCGAGACGAAACAAACAAGCAGUAUAUAAGCCAGAUGGUAGACAGCAUAAAUCAACAGGAAAAAUUGAUAGAAAUGCUCAAGGUCAAAUUGGAUCUUAAACUGGUCUCUACUAGCUUCAAGGCAGACGGAGAGGAACAAAACAAAUUCAGGGACUUCAUGGUUAACUUGCCAUUUUUCAAGCAAUACUAUGCGUACUUCAAAUAUAAAGAGGAGUCUAAAAGCAUUGGCUUGCUUUUCUUGAAUGGGUUGACCUUGGUACUCUCUGCCUUCAUAGUGAUUAACAUUUUGCAAGUGGUGUUGUAUUUAAUUCUUUGGGUUUUUGGAUCUUCCGAUUCUAUUUAUGUGUAUGAUGAUUAUGGGAGUUGGUUUAGUACCAAGAGUACAUUCGUGUGGUGGAAAGAGUUUGAAAUUGUAGAAUAUUGGGUUUAUAGAAUUGGAGAGUGGUUUGAAGUCUAAUUUAGUCUAGAAACAGAG